UUUAAAAGUAGUAAAUACCACAGACUACAGAACAGUAUUCUGUGGUGAAUACUGUAAACUGUAACAAGUGUGUAAAAAGCUGCUAAAGCUGUAUCGAAGUCGAUAUAUAAACUAAAGUUCAAAUCUACAUAAUAGACUAGAAGUAAUAGUUAUGGAAAACUAUAGGAAAGGAAAAAACAAUGAAGAACCUUUAGAAAGGAAUAAAAUCCCAAUUGAAAAUCUUCCAGAAAAUUUUUUAUGGAUGCAGGUACGAGGAGGCAGCAAAAUCAGAAACCUUCUCACUCACGCCCUCAAUGAAUUUCCUAAAAUAAAACAUGUAGUAUGGACAGGAUUUGGACCAUCUGUUGGAAAAUGUAUUACAUGUGCAGAAAUCAUGAAACGGGAAUGUAACAAUUCCCUUCACCAAAUAACUAGACUGUGCUAUAGAAGUGUCCAUGAAUAUUGGGAUCCCUUACUUCCAGAACUUGACCAAUUAGUGGUUAAACGCAAGUUACCAAUGAUACAUAUAUAUCUGUCUGAAACGCCAAUUGAUACUGAGGAAUUAGGGUACCAAGCUCCAGGGGUUUACAUUCCACAGAAAUCAAAGAACAGCAGUUCUUUCAAGAGUAUAAAACCAAAUGACAAAAAAUUUAAAAACUCAACUCCUAAAAGACAAGAAAGUAGACAAAACAAUUCAAGCAAUUUAACAGCUGGUAGCAAUACUGUGAAUGGAAUAAAUGAUAGAUAGAAUUGAAAAAUUAA